AUGUCUGCUGUCAAUAGUAACAGUAAGACUUUAACAAAUCUUAGCACUGGGUCGGGCAUUUCAAACUCAGGAGGUCCAACAAAUAACAACGCAGGAAAGCCUAUCAAUGCAAAUUUCACUAUAAGGCCCACAGGCUCGCCGAAACCUAUUACUAAAAAUAAUCGUUUUUUAAAGAAGCCUGUUCCUGCGCACCUUAUUGGAAAUUUACCAAAGCAUAUGCGACCGAAAGCCCUGGCUGCUUUACCACCACAACUUCCAAAAGGAAAUUUAAUGCUUAAAAAAGAAUACACGAUUACUUCCUCAACAUUGAAUAAAUCUAAAAAAUUAAAUAUAAUGAGAUUUCAUAGCAGUCAGCCGGUGGAUAUAACAAAAUUUACUGCUCCAGUAAAACUUCAAAGGCGAGAUCCUGAUGUGUCUCCGCAACAAACUUUGUUAUUGAGUCGUCAAAAUCCAAUUAUCCCGGGCCCUUCUAAAGCGCCGCAACAAAUUUCUGCUCCAGCACCUACAAGCGGAGCUGAUGCGUCUCUUAUCGCGCCGUAUGCUGGUGCAAGGCAUAAUAAAAAAAAUCUUUUCAAAAAAAAAACAACUCAAAUAUUCUUGGCUGAUGAUAAUCAACGCAAACUUAAAGCUGAAGAGAAACUACCUUGGGUUCUGGAAGAUUAUGAAGGUAUUACAUGGAUUGGUGAAUAUGAAGGUGGUGAUAGCGCAAAGUAUGGUGGUGAUAAACUAGAAUUCGUUCCUAUUCAUCGAUUCUACACUUUCAAUCCUGUGGUCGAAGGAGGAAUAUUCGAUCCAAAAUCUACCAUGAAAGUAGUUGAAGGUGAAGAAGAAUUGAUAGGAUCAGAUGAAGAAGCAAGAAUUCCCUCUAGGGAGGAAUACGAUGAAGAAGAAGUAGAUUUCGAAGAAGUCUUUGAAGAUGAUGAGGAAGAAUUGCCUGAUGAUGCAAAUCCUCUCAUUGAUGAUGAAACAAAAGAAGUUAGUAAGAUGAAAAAGAAGGCAACGAGUAAACACACGUAUGAACUUAGUGAAUCGGAUGAUGAUGAUAAAUUGACAAACGAAGGAAAGCAACUCAAAAAAUUACUCAGAACUGCGGAAAAUAAUGACGCAUACGAUAGUGAUCGUGAAGAUAAUCCAUAUUUCUCUGAAAGCGAUGAUUCAGAGACAGAAGAACCAUCAUCACCUCAGACAAAGCCUCCUUCAACACCAAAUUCAAAACUUGAUAAAGCUUCAGAAAAAAUGAGAGCCUCUGAUAAGGCAAAGGCUCCUUCUAAAGCAAAAGUAGCAAAAACUAAAACUGCAUCUCCUAAACCAAAAACGGUAGCAAAAGGCAAAGCAAACGCGCCAUUAAAACAAGCCCCAGUGGAUAAAGUUAGUUCUAUGCCUGCAGCGUCUACUAGUAUUCCGAUUUCAUCUAAGAUUAAACCGGAAAGACAUAGUAGUCCGAUAAUCGAAACCUCCAGUACACAGAAAUCUCAGUCUUCUGCUCCCACAAAGAAUUUGGGUUCAAAACCUAAAACGGUAAAGGCUGAGGUUCCUGUGAACGAUUCGAAACAAAGUUUCAAUAAAGUAACAGUCAAAAAGCCUGUUGGAUCUAAUCAAGUCACAUCAAUAAACCGUACUCGUUCUGCCGAAUCUGAUUCUAAAUCGACGAUCUCUGUAAAACGACCGAGAGCUUUGGAUGCAACAGAACAAUCCACUAGCGCCGCUGCAGCUAAACGCGUUAAAACCAGUGAUGCUAAAAUCAAUAAACCUCGCGAUAUCGAAUCAAGUAGUAUAACAAAUGGUUCCAUUUCAAAACGUCCAAGACAUGAUGAACCUGUGACCAGUAAUUCAGCGACUAGCGCUUCAGUUACCCAAAAUAUAAAGCGAAGUCGUCCUUCCGAUUCUAAAACAAGUGGUGUUAGUACUGAUGCUGUCAAGAAAGCUAAAACUGCUCAAAGCACUUCAACUUCCGGGACACCGAGCCGUGCAACGGUACCGAGUCCUUCUACAAAUGUUGGUAACGAUUCUCGAUUGAUUACGGAAGGUGAAAUCAGGAAACUUAUUGAAACCAAGCAGGUGAAGGUCGUUGAUGUUAUCAAGGCUUUCAAAAAGAGGAUCAAUGAGGACGGUCGCAAUAAGGAUCUUCUUCUUAAUAUCACAAAGAAAAUCGCAACAUAUAAAGGUGAAUACCUUGUUUUAAAACCACAAUGA